AUUCACAACUCAAAAAAGUGCAAAUAUUGUUUCUGAAGAAGAGCUAUGAAUAUCUCCAGCACUUUACUUUUGCUGGGUUUAGUGAUAGCUCUGUUAAUAUUGCUCAGAUGGAGGAAUCAGCCACAUAAUCUUCCUCCAGGACCUACAGCUUUGCCUCUACUUGGAAACAUUCUUACCAUGGACAACCGUGCACCCUUUAAAACCUUUUUAAAGUGGAGUAAGACUUAUGGUCCUGUGAUGACGGUGUAUUUGGGAACCCAGAGAGUCCUUAUCCUGGUGGGCUAUGACACAGUGAAAGAAGCCCUUGUUGACAACGCAGAUGAUUUUAUUGGCAGAGCCCCUGUUCCAUUCAUUCAGAAAGUUCUGAAAGGCUAUGAAAUGAUGAGAAAGGAGGUGAUAGAAAUACAUCAGUCUGGGAAGGGUUACAAAGCUACUUCAAAGGCUCUGAAACUCCAAAGAACCACAGUGAGAGCCAUCAUCUCCAAAUCGAGAAAACUCAGCACAGUAGUGAACCUUCCCAGAAGUGGCCAACCUUCCAAAAUUCCUCCAAGCACAGCAACUACUCAUCCAGCAAGUCACAAAAGAGCCAAGGACAACAUUAAAGGAACUACUGGCUCCCUUGCAUCAAUAAAGGUCACUGUUCAUGACUCCACUAUCAGAAAAACACUUGGCAAAAAUGGCAUCCAUGGAAGAGUGAAAAUCCUAAAGGAGAAUGUCCAGUCUUCAGUACGCAUUACGAUCAGUAAUGGAGAGCGCUGGCGUCAGCUCAGGAGGUUCACACUCACUACACUGAGAGAUUUUGGGAUGGGACGCAAGCGGAUGGAGGGGUGGAUACAGGAAGAAAGCAGACACUUGCUGGAUAAUAUCAAGGAAACAAAUUCUGCACCAGUUGACCCCACGUUCUACCUGAGCAGAGCCGUGUCCAACAUCGUCUGCGCACUGGUGUUUGGUCAACGCUUCAGUUAUGAGGAUAGCCACUUCCUGCGUCUGCUCCAGGUCUUCACUGGAGUACUGCAGUUUGGCAGCAGCACAUGGGGACAGCUGUAUAAUAUCUUUCCAUGGCUGGUUGAGCUACUUCCUGGUAAUCAUCUCAAACUUAUAAACGAUGUGGAUGAACUCAAGGACUUUUCUAGGGGCAAAGUACAAGAGCACAAGGACAAUUUGGACCCCGAAAACCCACGAGACUUCAUCGACUGCUUCCUCAUCCGACUCAAACAGGAAAAGGACAAUCCCAAUACGGAAUUUCACUAUGAAAAUUUGAUAGCCACUGUCUUAAACUUAUUCCUGGCUGGGACUGAGACCACAAGCACUACUAUCAGAUAUGCUCUCAUGUUACUGAUCAAGCACCCUGAAAUACAGACUCGCAUGCAGAAAGAGAUUGACACUGUGAUUGGACAAGAGAGAAGCCCUUCAUUGGAAGACAGGAAGUCCCUCCCAUUUACUGAUGCAGUAAUCCAUGAAGUGCAGCGUUAUAUCGAUCUCGUGCCGCUCAAUGUUCCUCAUUACACCACACAUCAGAUUACAUUCAGAGGCUACACAAUUCCAAAGGACACAGUAAUCUUGCCCUUGCUUCACUCUGUUCUGAGGGAUGAGGAACACUGGGAGAAGCCCUGGUCAUUUGACCCAAGGCAUUUCUUGGACACAAAUGGCAACUUUAAAAAGAACCCUGCGUUCCUGCCUUUUUCUGCAGGUAAGAGGUCCUGUGUGGGAGAGUCUCUGGCGCGUAUGGAGCUAUUUAUUUUCCUGGUGUCUCUGCUGCAACAUUUCACCUUUACCACACCUGGAGGACCUGAGAGUGUUGAUUCCACUCCUGAAAUCAGCGGCUUUGCCAACCUGCCUCGCAAAUACCAGCUCAUCGCUACCCCCCGCUGAACUAAGAGAUUACUGUAGGCAGACAUUUCAGUCUUAAUGCAAUUACUAGUGCAAAGAUUGUAGCCUGAUCUCAUCUCGCAUAGAUUUUCAUGGAAUUGAAGAGCCCAAGAUAGUAUUUGUUAAUAUAUCAUACAAGCAUAUAUAGUUAUGUUUUGUUUUGAGUAAGGAAUAAUUGAUGAAGGGCCAUGGUAAUGCAUUACACCUGUUCAUUAAUUUCUAAUAAUUCAACGGACCUGAGUCAAUUAUUCCACUUAUAGCACAGUUAUCACAACUCAAGACAUUGUUCAGCUGUUUAACUUUAAGACAUUUGUCAGGUUUUUGUCCUUAAAAUGCUCUUGUGUGUGGAACUAAUUUAUUACGCAUCCCAUCUUAAGCCUCCGUUGCUAAUUCCAAAACGUCAUUUUAGAGCUAGUAAAGGAGGCUUGAACCAUUGAUAUGCAAGAGAGAGAGAGAGAGAGAGAGAGAGAGAGAGAGAGAGUGAGUUCAGAUUUCAUACUGAUAAUAUAAAAAUAGAACAAAUAAAUAAAUAAAUAAAUAAAUAUCGAUUUAUUUAUUUAUACUUAUUCACAGGGUUUAUAAGUGAAUAAGUGGCCUACUUAUUCACAGGGUUUCUCGUUUUUAUUACUGCAGAAAAUGCAACAAAUAAAGAAAUAAAUAUUGAUGCUUGUUCAUCGCUCCAAUAACUGCAUAUCAAUGGCUCAAGCCUCCAUUUCGACUCGUGGCCGCAUUACCACCUCGGUGCGCAUUAUUUUUCUAAUAAGUUAAUGGACCGUGGUCAAUUAUAACUUACUUAUUUCUGGAAACUCAAAAUUGUCUGUAAUUUUGUUUGUUGUUAAAUGUGUGUGCGGUGGUGGACAGUAGGCUUUUUUGUAACUUUAGUAACUUCUCUGUCAGUUCAGUUAACUUGGCGAAGUGAUAUGGAACUUUAAUGUGGUCAAGACCUGAGUGGAACUACUUUAGGUGUGCAUUUACUGAAAAAUAAUUUCACACCUCAGAACAUCUGUCUGCCAGUCAGAAUCGAUUUCACUACAGCCUCUGUUUACACAGCUGACAAAGGACUUUUGUCUGAAACGUUCUGUUUCACUGGAAGCUUUGUGCACUAUACUGAACUUUUACCAUCUCUACAUGUACAGUAUAUUCAUACUGAUUGUAUGCUUGUUUUAGCACAUAUUAUUUUUAGAUGUUACUUAUAGAAGUAAAUUACCCAUUGGAGCUGUUUUUUUUUUUUUUUUUUUUGUGAUCUGGAUUCUUCUGAACAUGCCAAUAUUGUGUAUGACCUAGACUGUGUUUCUUACCACAGUUAUUGGAUUUGCUCUCUCUCUCUCUCUCUAUCUCUCUCCUAAUUAACAUCAUUCAAAUGGGUCUUAUGCUCAUGAGUCUCCUUUGUGACUGUUUUCUCUUCACUUUUCUCUUUUUUCAAAUUACAAAUGAUAACAACUGAAUGAGUGAAUUAAGCACCAAACCAAACUCCUUUGUUCAGAGGGUAAAAUAGUAUUAUUUCCUAUUUUUGCUUGUUUGUUUGUUUUUUACUAAUUCAUUUGAAGUCUUACUGUCCCAAAAUGUAAGCGCUACACACUAAUGACUACUUACGUUAAAGAAAGGAUAGAUGUGUACCAGAAUAGAUCAUAGUUUAAAUAAUGUUUUAAUUUGAACAAACUAACUAAAUAAACUAUGAUAUAACUGCCGGUUCUACCGA